AUGUUAACACAGAGCGGGGUCAGUGGAGGGGGGCAUCUGUCCGUCAGACUGGUGGGGUAUGUCAAUCCGGGAGGGAAUGGGGAGAACGGCAAUCCCUGUGACGGACGCUAUUUUUUCACGGGUUCUCCAUGCGACCAUCGCUUCAUCAUCUGUGUGGAUAAGGAAAAUGGGGGGAAUUCGAUGGAUAAAUGUCAUUUCGGACGAGUGGAAACACCCUCAAUUCCAGACCAAGACACUGUAUUGUUUCCAAACAACAUCCGUGGAUUGGAGAAUCCAAUUUUGUUCAACGUCACAUCAUGGCCUGACUCUGGAAAAUUUAUAUUAAAAGUAGAUGUUUGGGACGACGACUCCCGCUCUAAGGAUGAGCACGUGGAGUACCUGUACAAAUACUUUGUCAUCAAGCCCAGCGGCAGCCGAUACAACCACACGGCCAAACAGUUCAUGCUGCAUCGCAGAACCAGACUGACACUGGAGCUGGCCGUCUUCUGUGACCAGUUCUAUUUUGGGCCGUCAUGUGACAUCUACUGCCAGCCCAGGAACGAUUCUCUCGGACACUACACGUGUAACAACGCGGGAAGGAAACAGUGUCUAAAGGGUUGGAGAGGCCAGCGUUGUCGCCAAAUGGAUUACUGCGCAGACUCGCCGUGCCAGAACAAUGGUACAUGUCUACAGAGGAAGGACUCGUACAACUGUAGCUGUCCGCACGGCUUUGUGGGAGUGAACUGUGACAUAGAGCUGUGUAAAGAUAAUUACUGCAGACACGAUGGCGACUGUUACAUUGUUGGUGACACUCACGUUUGUGUGUGUGUCCCCGGAUGGACGGGCAACAGGUGUCAGGAUCGCCUUCUCAGUUGUGAUGACGUCACAUGUUCCAACAACGGCACAUGCACAGUAUCCGAAAAUCAAUAUAAUUGCCGAUGCACGGACGGGUGGCAAGGAGAUGGCUGUUUAUUUGACGUAGAUGAGUGUAAGCAUAGCCCAUGUCAGGGACAAUCCGAAUGUAUUAACACUAAAGGGAGUUACAGGUGUCAAUGUUUUCCUGGGUGGACUGGUAUAAACUGCACCGAAAUGGAUAAUCCGUGUCUGCAUGGGGAGUGUGCAAGUCCACAAUGCUUACCCAGCGGCGGGAAAUAUCACCCCCAGUGCUUAGAAAGUUGGUCCGGGGUCACUUGUCUUGCAAAUACCCAGAUUGGUUGUCAGAACAACGCAACUUGUGGUAACAAUCAUGGCAAGGGAACUUCUUGUGUCUGCGAUAAGGAGUCUGGCUCGGAGUUACGGGAAGGAAAUGAGAUGACGUCAUGUUUGAGUAACUGCAGCAGUAACGUACAAUGUGAAGUUACUUCUGACGGAGAGUGGUCUUGUACUUGUGGCCAACAGCUUUGUAUCUUGCCUUUUCCAGAGUUUUGCUGCUCUGUAGAAAAUGAUACUAAUGUUUCUUUGGCAUUAACUCCUCUAAAUAGUUUCAACGAAAGUUAUUUCGAUCAAGAUCAUUUUAUGUCUCCUUGCUCCGACUUCAACAUGACGUUUUUUACUACAUCGCUAAAACGUACCAACGAAUCUCAGACCCAGUAUCUCAAGCAAGAUAUUUUGGUCAAUGUAACUUUCGACAAUGAGACGACUUGCACGAUGUGGCGGCAGUGGGCUGUGACGUACUGCCUGCACCCCCUGAUUGAGGACGACCAGUCGUACGAGUAUGACGAUGAUGACACAGACCCCGCCCUCACUGAUCCAAGUCUCCUAAUGGACAGCAACUAUGAAUCCAUAAACUGGUACCCGCUGACUGGUCUAUUAGCAGUUCCGGUCUUCGUUGGUAUCGUCUGUUUUGUUGUUUUGCGCAGAAGAUUGGCGAGACAAGACGCGGGCGAAGAAGAGGAUGACGAAGAAGCUUUGGGAAAUGUUCCCGCAACAUUUCAUAACAUCUUGCCCAUCAAUGACAUUGAAAAGAAGCAGGCUUCUUAUUCAGUGGUUGAAUGUAAUGGAGAGAAAAGAGAGGUGACAGUUAAAGAAAGAUUGGGAGUAAACCCAAACACAAAGACUUUCUUUUUUGACCAUGUAUUUCCACCAGCAUCAAAGCAGAUUGAUCUGUACAAGAAAGUUGUCACGCCGAUUAUUGACGAGGUGCUUCUGGGAUACAACUGUACAAUUUUUGCAUAUGGCCAAACAGGGACUGGCAAAACCUUCACGAUGGAGGGUGGGCGGGUGGACAGCCAUGAGGUGUCCUGGGAGAAGGACCCACUGGCUGGCAUCAUUCCAAGGGCCAUGUUCAACAUAUUUGAACAGCUUUCUAAGUCACAGGAGAUCGAGUUUUCAGUAAGAGUGUCAUUUCUUGAGCUGUAUAAUGAAGAGCUCUUUGAUUUGUUGGGGUCCUCAGAAGAUGCACUCCGCCUCAAAAUCUACGAGGACAGUGCCAAAAAGGGGUCAGUGAUUAUACAAGGUCUGGAAGAGGUGGUCGUCCGGAACAAGUCAGAGGUGUUCCAGAUCCUGGAGCGGGGCUCUGCGCGGCGACAGACAGCCGCCACACUGAUGAAUGCCACCUCUAGUCGAUCCCACACUGUGUUUUCUGUCACCAUACACAUUAAGGAGAACACCAUUGAUGGCGAGGAACUUCUGAAGACAGGAAAACUCUAUCUGGUUGAUUUAGCAGGAAGUGAAAACAUUGGACGUUCGGGUGCUGUGGACAAGCGAGCACGAGAGGCGGGUAACAUUAACCAGAGUCUGCUGACCCUGGGGCGCGUCAUCACUGCACUGGUGGAGCACGCCCCCCACAUCCCAUACAGAGAGAGUAAGCUCACUCGUCUCCUACAAGACUCCCUGGGAGGAAGAACGAAGACCUCCAUCAUUGCCACCAUCUCGCCUGCUUCCUGCAAUCUAGAGGAAACAUUAAGUACUUUGGAUUAUGCUUUUCGAGCCAAGAAUAUUCAGAAUCAGCCUGAAGUGAACCAGAAACUGACAAAGAAGGCGUUACUAAGGACGUAUAAUGAAGAAAUCGAAAGACUUAGACGAGAUCUCCAAGCAGCUAGGGAGAAAAAUGGCAUCUUUUUAGCAGAAGAAAACUACAUUGCUAUGCAGACAAAAAUUCGCCAACAGGAAGAUUCCAUUCAUGAGAUGGAAGAACAACUUGACGCCCUCACAAAGGAGAAAGAGAAGAUUAACAACUUGUUUGAGACCACGCAGAGAGAGCUGGAAGAGACCAGCCAGAGGCUGACUAAGACGGCCAAUCACCUGGUGCGUACAACAGGUGCCCUCGAGGAGACGGCCCAGACCCUGGAAACGACCGUCAAGGAGAGGGAGGAGCAGAAAUACUUGGUCAAACAGCACCUCAACUCGGAGAACUGUCUGUAUGGGGAGGCCACAGAGUUGAUGUCCACGGUCCAGUCGACCCUGACUGACGUCCAUGGCCUGCAUGACAAACUGGACAGGAAGCGAUCGGUGGAGAGACACAAUGAGCAGUGUCAGACCGAGUUCCAAGGGGCCUUCAACAGGGAAAUCAACAGCAUAGAGACUCAGCUACAGGCUUUCCUACAGACUCAAAGUGACUUCCACACUGACCGCACACAGAAAAUAGCUUGCAUGUUGGAAAAAGGUAGAUCUGAAACAACUACAUUGGGAGACCUGGUCAACGGCUUGCAGGACAAGCUAAAGGAGCAUGUGACCUCUCUACACCAACACACAGACAGACAGACAACGUCCAGACUGACUUGGAUGGAGAAGACAUUGGAGCAUUCCCAGAAUACACAGGUAUUAGAGGAGUCCCGGAACCAACAAUUCUAUCAGGAAACUUUCUUGACUCUUGUGAAAAGUGCUCAAGAGAAACUGGAAGCUUCCACUCAUACUCUCCAAGAGGAAUUGGAGAAAUUUCAGCAACAAAAAAAAGAGUUUGAGCAGACAACACAAAGUUGGACUAGUUCUAUCUCUGAACACUUGGCCAAGGUCAAGAACAUGGUUGGUGAGUUUUCGACUGAGAUGAGCCAGAAACUGAGCAAUCUGGAGCAAUCUCAUAGUGAGAUGAAUGAGCUCGAUGAAGAACUGGAGAAGAUUCUUAUUAAGAAGAGACGACUUCUGAGUCAGUCCCAGACAACCACCAAAGAAUCUCGAGGUCAAUUGAACAAGUUCUCGGAGGAGGUUGGCAUGGAAAUUGACACAUUGGACAGUAGUUGCCACGAAAGUGGAAAGGCAACCAUUAAGAAUUUCCAGGAAACUUUUAUUUCCCAUGGAGAGGAAGUCUCACAGGUUUCUACUGAGUUAGACUCCUGCCGAAAUACUUGUGGACAGAUGUCUGAGAGAGUCAUUGAAAAUAUAGAGCAAGGCAACAAGGUACAUAAGGACUAUGUUUCCCAGCUGUGUGAGAGGGUUGAUGUGGGGAAAUCUGAGACAGUUUCAGCAAAGGACAGCCAUCAGAGAAUAGUGGAGGAGCUGAAUGCCGAUUGUGCUGGAAGCUUAGAGAAUGUCACAAAGAGUAAGUGUGCUGUAACAGAGCUGGUGGAAUCCUACUCAACUGAUUUAACCAAUCAGAGUGCUCAGAGUCAAGAUCAUGUGAUUCAAUGGUCCAAUCAGCUACAGACAGAGUUGGGAAAUAGAGUAGAGGAUGUGCAUGCCUUCCUUCAAGAGAAAAUGAAGAAAGAUAUACCAACAGGUGCUACCCCACAAAGACGGGAAGUACUGUACCCUCAAAGUCUGACAAGAACUGGGGCCCAUGAAGAGCUACUGGAGGACUUUGGAUUUCAGCCCCCACCUAUAAAGGCCAACCUGAUGAGGAGCUUGGAGCUGGCCGCUCAAGAGGAGGAGAGUGAGGGAGGGGUCAGUGAUCAGAUGGAUCAUCAGACCCAGGCUAUUCAGAAGGAGAUUCCAGAUGAUGUGAGUGAGGCAGGAAGUGACAUGUCGUGUUCCUCGGCGACCUCAGGGGUGUCUGUCUUCAGCUACUCCAGCAAGACAUCAGAAACCAAAGAGAAUGCUUUGAAAAAGUCAAGAAAAGUCAAGAUUAACAGUACCAACAUCACUCCGCGCAACAAGACGCGACUUCCACUGCGCUCCAGUAACAACGAUUCCUAGGAAUCAGUUCAUUGGACUCACGGCUCAUUUCAGUGGUCGCUCUACAGAAACAGUCUAGAAUUCUAAUCAACAGGGAAAAGAUGACUACCAUUGAAUGUUAAGAUCUUUGGUUUGGACAAUUUAGUUUGUAGUUAUGUUAAGACUGCUUGUGCAAUACUGCUAUUUUACAAUAUGCAUUUACUAUCCAGUAAUUUUAAAAAUGAUGCUGACAAAUAGGCCAUGUAAGCUAGGAAAAUAAAUUGUAUAUUAAAAAAAACAGCACAACUUGAAGACCACUGUUCUCUUGCGGUCCUACAUGUAUCUCUAUGCUGUACUCUGUCAAGUUUUCACUCUUGCUUUCCUCUCUUUUAACUCCAAACUUUUAUUUGUAAAUGUUUGUGUUGCAUUUUAUGAAUUUACAAACCUGUGUAAUCAUGUGUAUACUGUAUCAUGAGGAAGUCCCCAUGCAGAGUGAAAUAAAUUAUCCCAAACAUA